CGUUCCUCUCUGUGCCCGGGCCGGCCGGUCGGUCGGCGCAGCUGUGUGUGUGUAUAUAUCUUUCUGAGUUUGGUGCCGGAGCGAGCGGGGGAAACAGCGGCUGCUGCUGCGAGUUCGCCUUGGCAGGAGCCAUGGCAGCUGCCUUAGGCGUCGCCAGGGCUCAGCGAGCGCGCCGGUGUCUGCUGCUGCAGCUGCCCGGGGCCUUCCGAGCUCCGCUUGGCCGAGGCUGCCGCUCUGGGGUGCCGGCGCGGCAGCAGCAGCAGCAGGCGCUCGCGGUGCCUUCAGCCUCUGCGGAGGAAAUUACAAGUGCAAGAAGAAAAGGAUUCCUAGCUGAACACGCUGCCCCAUUCUCUGCAUUCUUGACGGAUGGCUUUGGUCGCCAGCAUAACUACUUAAGGAUCUCCUUGACUGAGAAAUGCAACCUCAGGUGUCAGUACUGUAUGCCAGAAGAGGGAGUUCAGCUCACUCCGAAAUCUGAACUGCUGAGCACCCAGGAGAUAAUCACGCUUGCUAGGCUCUUUGUGAAGGAAGGUGUGGACAAGAUCCGAUUGACCGGAGGAGAGCCUCUCAUUCGGCCUGAUGUGAUUGACAUCAUAGCUCAGAUGCGCAAACUAGAAGGGUUGCAAACCAUUGCUGUCACAACCAAUGGUAUUAACUUGGCCAGAUUGUUGCCCCGGUUAAAGGAGGCCGGGCUGAAUGCCAUUAACAUCAGUUUGGACACCUUGGUCCCAGCAAAAUUUGAAUUCAUUGUCCGUCGAAAAGGUUUCCAUAAGGUAAUGGAAGGGAUCCAAAAAGCCCUUGAACUUGGGUAUGAUCCUGUUAAGGUGAACUGUGUAGUUAUGAGAGGUCUUAAUGAAGAUGAGCUGGUAGAUUUCGUGGCUCUGACGGAGAAGCAGCCCCUGGAUGUGCGCUUCAUAGAAUACAUGCCUUUUGAUGGCAACAAGUGGAACUUCAGGAAAAUGGUGAGCUAUAAGGAGAUGCUCGAUACAAUCAAGCAGAGAUGGCCAGAGCUGGAAAAAGUGCCUUGUGAAGAAGCCUCUAGCACUGCUAAGGCAUAUAAGGUGCCGCGUUUUCAGGGACAAGUCAGCUUCAUCACCUCAAUGUCUGAACACUUCUGUGGAUCCUGUAAUCGACUGAGGAUCACAGCUGAUGGAAACUUGAAGGUGUGCCUUUUUGGAAAUGCAGAAGUGUCCUUGCGAGAUCACUUACGAUCUAAUGCCUCAGAAGAAGAAUUGGUUCAAAUCAUUGGGGCAGCUGUUGGCAGGAAAAAGAAACAACAUGCAGGCAUGUUCAACAUUUCCCAGAUGAAGAACAGACCAAUGAUCCUCAUUGAGGCAGCAUCAUGGUCGUUCCCACUGCUCCAAGAUGCCCUGCAGGACCGAGCUUGUUUAAAUGACGGGAGCCACAGAACUGGCCACUGGCUGACUCCAAGAGCAAGUUUAUCCAAACAGAUGGGGAAGACAUUCCAGAAAAAUGUCUUUAUAGGACAUCAUGCUUUGCCAGGAACUUGUUCAACAGGACAGCUUGCAGCAGGAAUUCUGCAAGCUCAGCUCCGCAGCCAUUGCAUUUGCCAAAAGAACUUGAGCUCAACUUUGGCAGCAAAGUGCCUUAGGACAGGAACUUCUAUCCCUCAGCAGGCUUUUCACAUGAUUAGAGGCAUUCACUCUGGGGUGACCAGGAGCGAAGCAGAGGAGAAGAACCAGGGACCUCUUCCCAGUGGCCAAUUUCUUAGUGCCUCAGAUCGUCUAACCCACAUUGACCAGGAGGGCCGUGCCUCCAUGGUGGAUGUGGGCAGGAAGCUGGAUUCUGAACGGACUGCAGUGGCCAGUGCUGUGGUCCGUCUGGGCGAGAAAGCAUUUGCCUUGGUGCAACAGAACCAAAUGAAAAAGGGGGAUGUGCUAGCAGUUGCCCAGAUAGCCGGGAUUCAGGGAGCCAAGCUGACCAGCCAGUUGAUUCCACUGUGCCACAACAUCCCACUGAGUCUGGUGGACAUGUCCCUGAGUCUAGAUGAGAGGAGGCAUGCAGUGGUGAUUCAGGCUCUGUGCCGCACCUAUGGGAAAACCGGUGUGGAAAUGGAAGCCUUGACCGCUGCCAGCCUAGCUGCCUUGACCGUCUAUGAUAUGUGCAAAGCAGUUACUCACGACAUGGUCAUUGAGGAGGUGAAACUGCUCAGCAAGAAAGGAGGGCAAAGAGGAGACUUCCAGAGAGGCUAACAUAGGUCUGAAGUUUCCGAACCAAGGCAUCACUUGCCGGUCAUCAAAGGCAGCACCAUCACAUACUAGGAAGUGGAGAUCUAGCUGCUGGGAAUUACAAAGCACAACUUGAGUUAUCAAUCAUCUUGGCAGCUGUUUUAAAUGACUUGACUUUCCUGUAUGAAACAGACAUCGUUCAUCUCAUUUGCCUGCCUAUGUAGUAAAUGGGCUCCUUGGCAGUAGUGUUGAAGUUCUCAUCUUCCUAGGGUUUCUUUGGCUUCCUGAAGUGUAGCUGUACUGAGCACCUUAACUAUUCUCAGUGUACAAGGCUACAGUCCCCACUAUUCAUGGCUGUCCAUCUUUUGGCACCUGCACUAAAAACAUGUGCAUAAUAGGAUGUAGAGUAAUAUGAUCCAGAACUAGGAAUUCAGGCCGAGACCAAAAAAAAAAAAAAAGUGAUUAGAAUUUUCAAGCAAGUGAACAAUGAUUUUUAAUACUUGGGCCUAACACUGGAAAAUAUAUACUAUUUUUUACCACUUCGGCCAAAUAACACUUCGGUACGGUGAGAAUAGGCUACAUUUCAUCCUUGAAAAUGGAAAACAGGUGUUUGUCAACUGAGAAAACUGAAAUACUCAAAUUAGUCCCAGUAAUGCUGUGAGACUCUUGCUUCCAGUGGUGUUGAAUGUUAAUGGGGCAUUUUAAUUCUCACAACAGAAUUGUGCUGAACACGGCUACCAUUUAUCUUCCAGUCGUUAAAUGUUCUGGAAAUAGGUCUCCCUUCAUCAAUUUUUUUUUUUUUUAAAGCUAUAGGCUUGUUUCUUUUCUGCAAAAUACUGGAAGGAAUACAGUUUCGGGCUACACACUCCUUUGUGCCAAAACCAGUCACUGGGCUACAUUUCUGUCACCACUCCAAAACAUUUCCAUCCUGUUUCAAAAAACCUGCUGGAUCACCAAAUCCCCCAGGCUCUUCAAGGUAGCGUUCGAGAUGAUGGAAUCCUCUGUGAGUAGCACACUAAAAUGGCAACAAAUAUAGGGAAACAGUGUCUUCCAAUUCCCCCACAUACAGUUGAUGAUGGUGUUAGGAUGUAAGGAUUUUAAGGCAAACCCAAGUGUCUGGGAUUGGGAAAGCUCAUUCUGAACAUGAUUGGCCAUACAAUUUUAUCAGCAGGACUUAAUGUUUAAAUGCAUCCUUCUUACACAUACUGACCCCCAACUUCACCACAUGCCCCCCUCUCAGGUGUGCAGAGCAAUGUGUGCACAUUUCAAUGAUCAUCCUGUUUAUUUUUAUUAUUUUUUGCGAACUCCUUGACAAUUAAACUUCAGAAGUGACAUUUUUAAAACUUAUAGAUUAAAAGCUUGACUUUGCAUUUUUAAUACUUCUGCUGGUCUUUCUUUCUUUCUUUCUUUCUUUCUUUCUUUCUUUCUUUCUUUCAUGGUUGUUCUGAGGAUAUAUGAACAUUUGUUUCAGUCCUGCAAUUUACCUGCUUUUCGUUUUCAGAUUGUGUCAGGAAUCUCAUUCGAAAUUCUAAAUUGCUUUCUUUGACCUAAGCUUGCCACACCAUAAAAUAUACGCCUUUCUUGGAUGGGGUCUUACAAUAUCAAAAAUCCACCAUGUCCACCAGAAAUGCCUCCUAUACAUAUCCCCAUGAAAAGAAUAAGAAGCACAGGAAUACAGCUGGGACUUGUGUAAAAUAAGAUGUUUUCCAAUGGAUCUUCUGAUAUACCAGGCAUUGCAGGAAGGCAUUGGCCUAGGGAUGUUAGGAAACUGCUCCAAUCUAGUUAAAGUCGAUAACAAAAGAGAAGUUUCCCAUGUGCGUGUUUCCGUGACUUUUGCACCUUCAGCAAUAUUUGGCAUGCAAGCUAAUGUAGAUAACACAGUAAACCCAGUUGUACAUUCAACAUGGAGACAAUAAUACAGCUCCCACCUGCCAAAUGUGAAUGAGUUCCUUUCUUCCUUUCUUUUUAAAAAUUGAACUAUAUAAAGUGUACAUUUGGGGGUUUUCGCUUUCCAGUUGUAAACGCAUAGGCGUGAUUUCUUUUAAAAGGGCUUGGAAAUUAACUUUAUCUCACGAACGGAAAACUUGCUACAAAUUCUGAAUACAUUUGUGUUACUUUCUGAAAAACUGUCCAAUAAUUGAAAACAGGGUACCCAGAUGUGGUUUUGUUACAGUUGCCCCUGAAGCUUGUCUGCAGGGGAAAAGAUGGGGCUCCAUGCUUACUGGUUUGGCAAAAUGGCCUUUUGAUCCAUUUUUAAAGGAGGUCAUUUUAUAUUUAAAGUGAGUUGUUAAGCACAUUUUCUGGUGUGCCAUAAUCAAGCACUAUAUGAUUCUUGGAUCUAUGUACAAGUUUGGUAUGUUUUCUAGAUAAUGGUGUACUUGGGAUAUAAUGAUUUACGCACAGAUUUACUGAAGCACUGAGAUUUUAUUUUAUUGCUCUACUGCACUUUUAAUAAAUAACAAUUGCAAACAA